CUGCAAACAUUUUGGGUGUUUCUCAAAGACCACGCACACUGAGAUCACGUGGUUCUGUACGUCAUACGUAAACCGCGGGAAGAUGGCGGCCGCCGGAGGAGAGUCCUCAGCGAAACCAGAUUCAGAUGAAUUAUUUCAGACUUUUUACUCUGAGGUGAAGCAGAUCGAGAAGAGAGACUCUGUGUUGACAUCGAAGCAACAAAUAGACAGACUGCUCAGGCCAGGUGCAUCCUACUUCAAUCUCAACCCUUUCGAGGUGCUGCAAAUAGAUCCCGAUGCAACUGAUGAUGCAUUAAAGAAACGUUUCAGAGCUCUGUCAAUUUUAGUCCAUCCCGACAAAAACCAAGAUGACCCAGACAGAGCACAGCAGGCUUUUGAAGCUGUGGACAAGGCCUACAAACAACUGCUGGAUCCUGAGCAGAAGAAGAGGGCCGUAGAUGUUAUUCAGGCUGGAAGGGAAUACAUCGAACAUAUGGUGAGUGAGAAAAAGAAAAAACUGAAGAAGGAAGGGAAGGACCAGACGGUGGAAGAGGAUGACCCUGAAGUGUUUAGACAAGCUGUGUACAAGCAGACGAUGAAGCUGUUUGCAGAGCUGGAAAUCAAAAGGAAGGAAAGGGAAGCCAAGGAUAUGCACGAAAGAAAAAGGGCAAGAGAGGAAGAAAUCGAAGCAGCGGAGAAAGCUAAAAGAGAGAGGGAGUGGCAGAAGAACUUUGAGGAAACACGAGAUGGGCGAGUGGACAGUUGGCGAAACUUCCAGGCAAAAGGCAAGAGUAAGAGCAAGAGCAAAGGAGAGAAAAGAUCGUUCCUCAAACCUCCCAAAGUGAAGAUGGAGCAGAGGGAAUGAUGCUGUACAAUAGGACUUCAUAGAAAAAUAAUUUCCUGUUUCUGAGUCUGUCCCUCGUCCAUCAUGUGCUGUGGACUCUCCAUCACCACGUCAGGGACACAGCAGAGUCCGGACUCUCAGAUGUAGUUUUGUACUGUUUUUGUACAUAAUGUGUGACCCUCUGAUUUCUUUUGUUUUCACGAUAUAUUUUUACAGAAUAAAGCUCAGAUCUUAAACAUUCUUUCUGUGGUGUAUAAAGUUAAAGCUUCAGUUUGUUUAAAGAUUAAUUUUAAAGAGUCAAAUUCAAAUAACGAAAUUUGCUAAAAUUUGCGAUUGUAGGUAUUGGUUUACAUGGUUUCUGAACUGUCCCCAUUUCACACUGAUGCAAAUCCACUGUGUUUCACAGUGAAUGCAGUAAUCGUUUUAUUUUGUAUUGGUUUUGCAUGUGUUAUUGUAUCAAUGACCCCUGUCAAUAAAAGACUACUACACAAUG